AUGGUUGGGAAAAGAUCAUCAGAAUCUCAUUGUGAGGCCUCGCUCGACUUAGGCGUGCGCUGCGUCGUACGGCACAGACUGACGCGAAUCAGUUCCUGUCACAGGGACGAGGAGCAGAGGAAGGACGAAGAUGGCUCGUUCCCCGUGCCGUCCACCCUCUAUUCUCCUCCUACUUGCCCUCGUUAUUAUGCUGAUCUCUCUCUCGCUCUAUCUAUCUUUCUUGGCUUGUGUUCAUUUGAAUGUGUUGAUAUAUUUGUCACUGCCUAUUCUGUGGCACAUCAACUUAUGGGUGGCGAAGGCUCGGUUCCUGUAGAACGUAUGAAAGCUUCUCUCUAUAAGAUCCUUUUAUUCAUUGAGCUUACCUAUAUAAUGUUUUAAUAUGGAUCUAUUAUAGCAAAUGGAACUAAGAUGACUAGAUACUUUUCAACAGGUUAGGUCACUAAAAAAAGAUAGAAUCCUUGCAGCUGAUGCUCCUACACUUAUGACUUAGGACAUGCAAGCACACACACUGUUUCAGAAUGCUAUACAUUGCUAGAUCCUUGUUCCAAAAUGCUAUACAUUGAUAGAUCCUUGCUUCAUGAUGAUAUAAAUGAUAGAUUUGUGA